AUGAAGAUUUGCAUCUUCGGCGGAAACGGUUUCGUUGGCGCCGCAGUCGCGCGCAAGGCCGUCGCGCGCGGCUGGAAGGUCGUCAGCGUGAGCCGAAGCGGCACACCUUUCGCAACGCCUGCCGGACACGCGCCUGCAUGGGUCAACGAUGUGGAAUGGAGGAAGGGCUCUGCUUUCGACGCCGCAACAUACGACUCGAUCCUUCCGUCUUGCGAUGGUCUCGUAACAACUCUAGGCGCGCUUUUCGAGUCUGACUAUAAGGAUGAGGGGCUUGCGCGGCCGUUAUCGGUUUUGAGGGCGAUUGCGGAGAACGCGACGGGCUCAAGAGGAAAUCCGCUCGCUGUGAGCAAGGAGAAGUCAUAUGAGCGACUGAAUCGGGAUUCAGCGAUUGACUUGUUCGAAGCGUUUCGCCAUUCGCGCUCGCCGUCUGUCAACACGACCCUGCCCCCGUUCGUCUUCAUAUCUGCCGAGGACAUCUUCCGACCGUUCGUACCCGAGCGAUACAUCAAGACGAAGCGCGAAGCGGAGCACCAGAUCUGGAGCAGGACGCACGAAGACGCUGAGCGGCCGCGAGUCCGACCAAUCUUUGUGCGACCAAGCUUGAUGUACCACCCACACUUGAAUCCCCCCUCGACCCUCCCUGCAACCCUCCUGGAAGCCUCCGCCAAACUUCAUGCGCUCAUCCCGCCUGCCCUCCGCCUCGUUCCAUCACCUCCGCCCUCGCCGAUCCCAACGACCGAGAUACCGCCAGCAUACGCCUCUCUCGCGUCCCUCAUGUCGAUCCCGCCAAUCCACGUCGACGCAGUCGGAGAUGCAGUGUGUCAAGCGAUGGCAAGUCCUGACGUCGAGGGUGUCGUGGACGUGCAGCGCAUGCGGGAUAUGCUCGGCUUCGAUCCUCUCGGGUGGAGUGCACGACGGUCGGCGGUCUAG